AUGGUGAUGACGUCCCCACUGGCCGGCAGUCCACCAGAGAUGCACCCCAUCUGGACAAGCGGGAUCUGUCAUACAGCAGUUCCCAGAAAGCUUGCGCCUGUAUGGGUCUGUACAUCCGAAUAUCGGAAGAUUGAGAAAAAAAUUUCAGCCGACGGCCACGGCCAGCCGGCGGCCCACCAGAUUCCCCAUCCAGCCAGCCAGAAACCCCAUCCACCCACCUCAAUCCGCAUUUUCACCUCCAAAUCCGGCGGAAAUUCUGAUUGCAUAGGAAUCUUAGUCAUGGCUUACAACACAAAUCAGGUCGGUGCCCAAGCUGGAUUCAUGGAUAACCAAUCUCAGGAGUCUUGGCUAGGGCCCUCCCAGGCGACUUCACAGCCGUUCACCCCAGCUGUUUUUCGAUUCAACAGUCAAGGAGGGGCUGCUCAGAGUGGGUAUCACCAUUUGACCAAUACACAAGUUUCCGCGACCGGUCAAACCCAACUCGGCGGGGAUCAAGCCGGAUUCUCUCAGUCUCAAAUUCCUGGCGGGCAAUCACUCGGUCAGCAUUAUUCGGGCCAACAGCAACAGUCGCUAGCCGAAACACAGGAGAACCAACAAACCUUGUUGACUGCCCCGGAGGGCCGCCUUGUUGUCGUCGAUUAUAUCCUGUUUAUCGAAUCGGCUGACACUGAAAUUGCUCAAAAUAUUGUUCCGGUGAAGAAGCAGUGGGAUAAAAUAGUCCCCACCGGCGCGAGCUUGGCGUCCUGGCACACCGAUGUCGGUUCUCACAGUUGGGAGGAAUUCAAGCGACGAAUCGUCUACCUGCUCAGUACCCCCUGUCCGUUAUUUGCGCAAAUGUUAGCCUGCGAGUUGGAGAAGAACACGAUCAAAUGGCAACUCAUUCUUUCCGGUAGUCGGGUCUUUGGCCCAAAGAAGAAUUACUUUGCGACGGGCGAUCAGGACUUAUAUGAGUUUGCGGGUGCCAUUCAGGAUAAUCCGAAAGCCGCGGUCACGGUUAAGCUAGUGAUGGAUGAUCCCCAGGCGAAAGCAAAACAGUCCGCCGCGGCCAAAAACACCCAAGAUAGCCUGACGCUGAAGUUUGGGAACAAAGCCGACCGAACGGCUUUGGAACUCCAACGGGCUAGGCUGAUGUUAAACCCAAAGGCCAACACAUCUUCUAAUCCUUUGACACCGGUCCUGGCCAAAUUGAUGGCACACAUCAAGGGCAAGUACGGCCUGAACGAGGAGCAGUUGUGGAUUGGCAAUCCCAACAAUGAGGCAGAGGGGAUGCAAAUCUUCAACAACCGACUCACAGCUUGGGCCCGCGCGCUGCAGCAUGGGAAGAAUGCCGCCAUCACUCUUGAUCAUCCGCCUGAGACUGAAGAGUUCAAGUGGAUCAAACGCCGAGUGCCAACACUCGACAGCUUUUCAGCGCCAAUAGCCUCUCCCAAAAAACGACGGUCGACCUCUGGGGCUGCAAACACCGGGGCUGGUUGUGGAGUGGGUGGCUCUCACGUGGUCAUGCCAGAGGCUUCAACUGACUCUACUCCCAACUUACCAACCACCUUGCCGAUUGAAGAGGAGGAUCCUAUGUUUCCUGUGGAUUACGAGUCGGAGGUUGAGGUUGUCUGGGAGGCUCCCAACCUUGGGGGCAUGCCAGCAGACUCACCGGGCGGCGGGACUCGUGAUGGCUCGCCAGCUCGCAAGUAUAUACGGAGCCCAACGGGCGAUGUCAUGGGAUCGGCAAUGAGUCAGCUCUCAUUCAUGCGCACAAGAUCCAGCAGUCGUCGGUCUCCACCAAUCUCACCAGCGCGGAAACAGACGAGUUCGAGUGUUCAAUCCUCGGCCACGGGUUCCGUGGUUCUUUCCAACUCAUCUCGCCCACCUAUGUCGGUAUUGAGGGCUUUGCCUGUGCCCAUCCCUGCCGGAGAUGCGAAUGCGAAUACUAGUGCGGACCACGCCUCUAACACUGGGCCCGAUGUGGUUGUCCCAAACCAGCCAAACGCCGCCGGUCGAGCCAUGACCAUGGAGCAGUUCCUCACUCACUGCAACUUUCAACCAACUGACAUGGUCCCCAGAGGCCUCAUCCAACUCAAUCACAUUGCCCAUUGGAGCACGUUCCUAACCAUGACCGCCCGCGACCUUACUCUGAUGAGCUUCCCGGAAGCGACCGCUCGCCAAAUCAUCUAUGGUACCACCAGCCUCCGGGCCGAUUUACUAGAGUCUUAA